GACUCCAAGGCCUCUUAGGAAACCGUGGACUAGACGGAAUAUAUGGAGCUCCCGGUCCUGUUGGUAAACCAGGAUUAGGAGGGGAUCUUGGACAAAAGGGACAAAGGGGUCAAAUGGGGAAGGAUGGAGGUCCAGGAAUUCAAGGUCCCAUAGGGAAAAGUGGAGAUCCUGGUAGCAGGGGAUUGACUGGUAAUGCAGGAAGUGCAGGGAUCAAGGGCAUUAAAGGCAAAACUGGUCCAAGUGGCCCUCCUGGACAGCCUGGGCAAAAGGGUGAGAGGGGCCAGGAGGGACCAAAGGGGGUGCUUGGGAGCCCAGGGUUGCAAGGCUUACCAGGACCCAAGGGAUACCACGGAGCUAUCGGCAUACAGGGUAAUAUUGGUCCAUGGGGGAAGCUGGGGCUUCAAGGGCCACCUGGGGACCCAGGGCCAGCAGGACCAGUGGGGCCACAAGGGAUUACAGGUUACCCUGGUAAAGAUGGUCUUAGGGGAUCUAUAGGACCACAAGGAGGCAAAGGGGAAAAGGGGUUCAAGGGACUUUCUGGGGAGAAGGGAGUUGCUGGUGUCGAUGGUGAGGAGGGCCCAGCUGGUUUAAUGGGGGCUUCGGGGACACCAGGACAGAAGGGGCCACGUGGUGAUAAGGGGAAGGUUGGGCCUCCUGGUGGGAGAGGGGUGAAGGGAGCCCAGGGAGAGCCAGGCAGUCAGGGCCUUCAAGGCACUAAAGGACCACCAGGGAAGCAAGGUUAUCCUGGAGCCCCCGGGGAGAAGGGAUCCCCCGGAGUCCCUGGAGAGAAGGGCCAGCCAGGUGUCCGAGGCGCUUCAGGUCUGGCUGGAAUGUACGGUCCCAUGGGGAAGAUUGGAGGUAGUGGUGUCAAGGGAGAGAAGGGCGUAGGAGGACUCAGUGGAGUACAAGGAAAGCUUGGCCCUCCUGGCCCUUUUGGGCCAAAAGGAUCGUCGGGUUUGCCAGGGAAGACGGGGUCCAUGGGGAAAGUUGGUUUACAUGGACCAAAGGGGGAGCAUGGGGAAAGUGGAAAGCCUGGUAUUCGUGGUGCAGAAGGACAGGGAGGACCUCAAGGUUCUAGAGGGAGCAAAGGAGUUCCAGGAGCUCAAGGCAACAUGGGGCCAGUGGGACCUAACACAUAUAAAGGAAAUACAGGCCCCAAGGGUAGACCAGGGCCUUUGGGGCUACGGGGCCCCAAGGGCCACAAAGGCAGACAGGGGCCAAAGGGUUCGAAAGGCCAAGGAAGGAGAGGGGUCAAGGGUGCUGUAGGUAAACAGGGAAUUGAAGGUCCAAAGGGAAAGCCUGGACCACCUGGAAGGGCUGGAUUACCCGGUAAAAGUGGCUUAGAUGGACUUCUAGGUGUUGUGGGAAAUGAAGGUGAUCCGGGGGACAUGGGCUACAGGGGAAGGCCUGGAAGAGCUGGGCAGCCUGGAAGGAAAGGUCCAGUUGGGAUUAACGGUCUAAUUGGGAGUCAUGGAGCCCCAGGUCAUAAGGGUAGUCCUGGCCCAAAAGGAAAGCAAGGACCUCCAGGACCUUCAGGACCUAUGGGGCCGAGGGGGAUUCCUGGACUAGUAGGAGAGAAGGGAAAGGAUGACCAUCGAGGACCAAAGGGUUUGUCUGGUAUCAGAGGGCUACCGGGACCAAUUGGGCCACAAGGAGCUAAAGGGAUUCAAGGAACACUGGGAUUCAAUGGACACAACGGUCCAAAAGGUGUACAGGGUGACACUGGGCCUCCUGGUCCUCCCGGACGCAGGGGAUUACCAGGACUUCCUGGUAUGCUGGGAAAGAAAGGCAUGAAGGGUGCGAAUGGACAGCCUGGGUCUAAGGGAGUAAAAGGCCAUCGGGGAAGGCAGGGAAAACCCGGUCCUCCUGGAAGUCCUCGGCAGAUAAUGCGGCCACAGAAUAGAUCCGGCACAGUGACUGGGAAGAGACAUGGUUUCCAGCACAGUCCGAUGAUACGGAGGGCCACGGAUGUGUUCAGCUGGCCAGAGGGCACCAAGGACAAUCCAGCCACCACUUGCUCAGAGUUGAUGUUGACCCACCCAAACUUGACAGACGGGCACUUCUACGUGGAUCCUAAUCAGGGCUGCCCUUUCGAUGCCCUAUACGUCUUCUGUAACUUCACAGCAGGGGGGCUGACCUGUGUUUCGCCUGUCAAAUCUCAGAUUUCAGGAAGAUGGGAAUCUGAAAAGAAGAGCUCCAAUGCUUCAAUCCAGUGGUUCAGUCAGCUUAGUAAUGGCUUUUGGUUUGAGUACACAGGCCUCACCACAGUCCAGCUCCGGUUUCUGAGGCUACAUAGUCACUCUGCUUCUCAGCAUGUGACCAUAGCUUGCCCUAACUCUACUGACACUCACAAUGGGACAUCUAAAGGGAGCAAUGCAACUCACAGGAUUCUACGUUUCAUGGGAGACUCCAAAGAACAACACAGACUCUCAGAUUCAGCCUACACCACUGUGUCACGGCAAGGUUGUGAGGUAGAGGUGCAGGUGUCUGUUCGGAGCAGUGCAGGGGUACUGGGGAGCGACAUGGACCUGCUGCCCCUCAGAGACCUCAGUGUGAGGCGCAGGGGAGAGCACUGGGUGCAAGACUUCAGGGCUGUCCUGGGACCGUUGUGCUUUUUGUAGCUGGUCUGUCCAGUGAAAAAUGACUGCUCUGUGCUGGGAUUCAUUGCCUUUAGAGACAUUGGAAUGAGACAGUGCUGAAGCAGCAGGAGCUUGAACUCUCCAUUGCAUUUCUGUGGCAAAACUGGAGCAGAAGUACCAUGGAAAUUCCAGCCAGAGAGUGAGGAAGAGCAACGAAACCCGGACUGCAGUGCUUGUGCAUUGAUCAUUCGGGGGUGGGGGUGGGGGGCAUUAGAAUUGAGACAUACAAGCUGAAAUGUGCAUCUCUUUCCAGUGUUUUUAGAUAACAUUUUCAUAUAGCUUUAUAUAUUUUUGCUUCAUAACAUUUAUGUAGAUUUGUAUUUUGAACUCUGUUCUGAGUAAUGAAAGAUUUCUACAUAAACAUAUGAUUUUUUAGUCAUGCGUGACUCAACUUGAAAUUGAGAAUGGCUCAUCCUCUGAAUCUGAACUUUUCCCUUCUGCAGUGCUGAUUGUCACUUCCCAGUGUAAGAAAUAAUUCAUAGAUUUGCAUACCCCGGUAAAAAAUAGUAAACACUGCAAACAUUUUAUACACAGUAGUGCACUAUUUUUUGAGUCAUGUAAUUAACAGGAAUAUGUUACUUUUUAAGUGUAAUGAGAUUUUGAUUUGCUGAUGUAAAUUGAUGUUUUCUUAAAGAUCUUUGACUUAUACGUUA